AUGGGGGCCUUGAAACGGAGCCCCCAGCAAGCCUGGCCGGAGGAGGAGGGUGACCGGGAACACGGCCUCUACAGCUUGCACCGCAUGUUUGACAUUGUGGGCACCCACCUGACUCACCGCGAUGUCCGGGUGCUGUCUUUUCUCUUUGUGGACGUCAUCGACGACUACGAGCGGGGCAUGAUCCGCAGCGGGCGGGACUUCCUCCUGGCGCUGGAGCGACAGGGCCGCUGCGACGAGACCAACUUCCGCCAGGUGCUGCAGCUGUUGAGGAUCAUCACCCGCCACGACUUGUUGCCCUACGUCACUUUGAAGAGGAGGAAGGCUGUAUGUCCGGAUCUUGUAGAUAAGUAUCUCGAAGAGACUUCAAUUCGCUAUGUGACACCCCGAGCCCAUAGCAAUACAGAGCAUGUUCCUGUGCACCAACAAAAAUCUGUGCCUCCCCACCACCCGCUGGUCUGCUGCUCCUCUUCGGGCCCCCAGAUCUGCACCAAGAGGUCCGGCCGGGGAAGGGCGCUGCUUGGGAAUCAGCGGAAAAGAAGGAAGUCCGUGACGCCAGACCCGAAGGAUAAACAGACCUGCGAUAUCCGCCUCCGGGUCCGGGCCGAGUACUGCCAGCACGAGAGCGCCCUGGAGGGCAAUGUCUUCUCCAACAAGCAGGACCCCCUGGAGCGCCAGUUUGAACGUUUCAGCCAGGCCAACACGAUCCUGAAAUCCCGGGAUCUGGGCUCCAUCAUCUGUGACAUAAAGUUCUCGGAGCUGACGUACCUGGACGCCUUCUGGCGCGACUACAUCAACGGCUCCUUGCUGGAGGCCCUGAAGGGCGUCUUCAUCACAGACUCGCUCAAGCAAGCCGUGGGCCACGAGGCCAUCAAACUCCUGGUCAACGUGGACGAAGAAGACUACGAGGUUGGCCGGCAGAAACUCCUGAGGAACUUGAUGCUGCAGACGGCGCCUUGA